GUCAAUAAAACUUUGUUCACUGAAACACAGAGCUUUCACCACACAAGCUGCCUAUCCCAAAAUGGGAUCUUACAAAGAUAUCUUUCUGUUACUUUUAUUUCUUGGCACAGUUCAAGGCGAUAUACUGGAUAGUUAUGUAAAGACAGAUGGUGCUUGGAUACUUGGUCAAAAUAGAAAGUCCUAUCGAACUCUUAAUAACGAAGAAUGUGCGGCAAAAUGUGAAGCUGAAACAACAUUUACUUGCAGAUCAUUCCUAUUCGGUCUCAAAGAUCAACAGUGCAUUACUUUGGCUGAUAAUACCAAAUCAACAGCUGUGUUCAGAAGGGCAGAUGUAGCUCUCUUUGAAAAAAGAAUUUAUCUACUUGAAUGCAGAAGAGGAAAUGGGCAUGACUACCGAGGAACAGAAUCUAAAACUCAGGGAGGCGUGGCAUGCCAGAAAUGGGCAGACAAGAAUCCUCAUGUACCCAAUUUCUCACCUACAACUCACCCUAAUGAAUCAUUAGAAGAAAACUACUGCAGGAAUCCUGAUAAUGAUGAAAAUGGUCCCUGGUGCUACACCACAGAUCCUGAAAAAAGAUAUGAUUACUGUAGCAUCCCCGAAUGUGAAGAGCAAUGCAUGUACUGCAGUGGAGAAAAUUAUCAAGGUAAAAUUUCCCAAACAGAGUCUGGGCUUCAGUGCCAACCUUGGGCUUCUCAAGAACCUCAUGCUCAUGGAUAUAUCCCAACAAAUUUUCCAGAAAAGAAUCUGAGGUCAAAUUACUGCCGUAAUCCUGAUGGCGAACCUCGUCCAUGGUGUUUCACCACCAAUCCAACUAAACGUUGGGAAUUUUGUAAUAUUCCACGCUGCACUACACCUGCACCAGUCUCCAUUGUGAAGCGUGAGUGUCUUGAGGGAAAUGGAGAAAAUUAUCGAGGGAAAAUUUCUGUGACAGUAUCUGGAAAGGCGUGUCAAUCCUGGUCAGCUCAAACUCCUCACAAACAUAUGAGAACCCCAGAAAACUACCCUUGCAAAGGUUUAGAAGAAAACUACUGUAGAAACCCUGACGGAGAGUCGAGGCCAUGGUGCUAUACCACAGAUCCUAAUAAACGAUGGGAAUAUUGUGACAUUGCUAAUUGUAAUGCUCCUGCAGUAGUUACUGCUGCAGCACCUGUUCAAGUCCCACAAGCUCCAGCUGUGGAAGAGUGUUACGAAGGCACUGGCGCAAGCUAUCGGGGUACAAUGGCACUGACUGUUUCAGGAAAGAAAUGCCAAGCAUGGAGCUCUAUGACACCUCAUUUUCACUCUAAAACCCCAUCUAGUUUCCCAAACGCGGGCCUAAGAAACAACUACUGCAGAAACCCAGAUAACGACAGGGCACCAUGGUGUUAUACAACAGAUCCUCGUACAAGGUGGGAGUUCUGCAAUCUGCAAAAGUGCGCUGAUCUUGUGCAACAGCGCCCUCAGUCCACAACACCAUCAAAUCUUGAAUCAGAUUGCAGGUCUGGAAGAGGUGACGAUUACCGUGGACAUAUUGCCUCAACCACAAGUGGCAAGACUUGCCAGGAGUGGCGCUUACAGAUACCACACAGACAUGAUUCGUUCACACCACAGAGUCACCCACAUGCAGGACUGGAAAAAAAUUACUGCAGAAAUCCUGAUGGUGAUAUUAAUGGUCCCUGGUGCUAUACUACAGACCCAAAUAAAGCAUGGGACUAUUGUGAUGUCCCACAGUGCCCUCCUCCUGAAUACGAAUGUGGGAAACCCAAAUAUAAACCACUGAACUGUAUUGCAAGGAUCGUUGGUGGGUGUAUUUCAAAUCCCCAUUCUUGGCCCUGGCAGAUCAGCCUCCGAACAAGUUUCAAUAUGCACUUCUGUGGAGGCACUCUGAUAGACCCAGAAUGGGUUCUGACAGCAACUCACUGUUUAGAACGGUCAUCAAGGCCUUCUGCUUACAAAGUGUCAGCAGGACUGCACACAGAGAGGGCUACAGAAGCCUCUGCACAACAUCGAAAUGUCCAGAGACUCUUCAAAGAACCAAGUGGAGCAGACAUUGCCUUGCUGAAACUCAGCAGCCCCCUACUGAUCACUGACCAAGUAAUCCCAGCAUGUUUGCCUCCAUCCAACUCAAUGGUAGCAGGUGGAUCAGAAUGCUAUGUCACUGGAUGGGGUGAAACAAAAGGAACUGGUGGAGAUGGCCUUCUUAAAGAGACAGGCUUCCCUGUCAUUGAGAAUAAAAUAUGUAAUCGGCCUGAACUUCUGAAUGGCAGAGUCAGAAACAGUGAACUCUGUGCUGGCAAUGUUGAUGGUGGCACGGAUAGUUGUCAGGGUGACAGCGGAGGACCUCUGGUCUGUUCAGAACAAGGAAAAUACAUCCUUCACGGAGUCACCUCUUGGGGCCUUGGCUGUGCCCAACCCAUGAAGCCAGGAGUUUAUGUCCGGGUUUCUAGGUUUACACCAUGGAUUGAAAAAACAAUGAAAGAAAACUAGUCUAUAGUGAUCUUUUGUUGAAAGUAACCAAUGGAAUGAAGGAGAGAUAAAGAAAAAUGAAUUUUGAGUACUCACUUUCUAUCCCCAUACAAACACACUCAUUUGCUCAAUCUUAAAUGUGUUAACUGGGUUGACCACAGCUGAAAUCUGGAGGACAUGUGAAUCAACAUAAUUCUACUUAAUAAAGGGCUUUCCAGUCUCA